UAAUAUUAUUAAAUAAAAUUAACUGUCGCUAUACGAUGAAAGAGAUCGAAACGGCAGAUACCAAAGAUUCGUUUGUGUUCAAAUGCGUACUGAAGACGGUGCGAUUUAUGUGGCAGGUUACCAGCGCAAUACCUAAUAAAAUUGGUGAAACUCUAGGCACAAUUUAUCGUUACUCAGUGCAUAAUAUACUGUGUGUUACAGGAAAAGCUCGUCGCAAAGAGCGUGAUGGUGAUCAAAACUCAACAGAUACCAAAUUAUAUUUGGAGGAGAGCGUUCUAGAACGUAAACUACCUGAAGCAGAUCUCAAAGCCUUAGUUGAUCUUCCAGCUGGCUUAGAUUAUAAUGAAUGGCUAGCUUCACAUACUCUUGCCCUAUUUGAACAUGUUAAUUUGGUAUAUGGAACUAUUAGUGAAUUUUGUACGCCACCUGGUUGUCCAGAUAUGACAGGACCAGGCAACAGAACGUACUUAUGGUUCGAUGAAAAAGGCAAAAAGACGCGUGUGGCCGCUCCACAAUAUAUCGACUACGUAAUGACAUUUACACAGAAAACGGUCAGUGACGAGUCGAUAUUUCCAACCAAAUAUGCCAACGAAUUUCCCAGUUCGUUUGAAUCGAUUGCCCGAAAAAUUCUACGCUUGCAAUUUCAUGUGAUAGCUCAUCUGUAUGCGGCGCAUUUCAGAGAAAUUGCGUUGCUAGGACUGCAUACCCACUUAAAUUUGACAUUUGCGCAUCUGACAGCGCUGCAUCGGCGAUUUAAUUUAAUCGAUGAGAAAGAAACAGAUGUUUUAAGAGAUUUAGAAGUGGCGUUACGCCUAACAGACGACAGUCAAACGGAUACGGAUAGCGUGUCCAAUAGUUCGACAACACACUGCAAUAACACAACGCAACAACUACAAAACCAAAACCAUGCAACUACAAUCACCAAUACACAGUAUAUAACAAAUAGUAACAGCGAUGGUGGUGGUUCAAAAGAAGAUGUCAAUUUAAUGCAAAACACCUCAGCAACUACAACUGCUGUUGGUACAAAUAAUGCAACAAUUAUUGAUGGCGAUGCUGCAGCGCCACCUAUUUGCACACAACCUGAAGCAGCAACAAAAUCCACAACAACUGCCGCUGUUUUCGGCGGUGGUGGUGGCCUUAUCGGUGGUAUAUUAGGCGAUUUAACAAGCGGUGAAUUCGGUGAUACUACACGAUAUUGCACAUCGGCGGUUCCUUCAUCAAGCUCCUGCAAUACAACAGAAGCGACCACAAAUAGUAAUAAUGGCGGCGCGGGCGCUUUACAUUUUAAUUUUACAAAUAACAACAAUAAUCAUCAUCACCAUCAUCUGCAUCAUCAUCAUCAUAAUGCACAUCAUCAGCACCAUUUACUACAGCAGCAACAUACGCAAAACAGUGGCCUCAUACAGUGCAAUGCGAGUAAUGCACCAAGUUCCACAACAACAUCCACAACCUCCACAACAGCAUAGUUGCCGUUAAUUUUAGUUUAUAUGAACGUUAUUAUUGUUGGUGUUAUUAUUGUUAUUGCUGAGUUAAAUAUAGCUGCUAAUGCUGUUGUAGCUUUUGAAUAUACUACAAAGGAUAUAUUUCUGCUACAGUGGAGAAUGAUGCAUCAUGACACGCUUAAUGCUUUAUAUUUAAUAUAUAGAGUAGAUUUUACUUGUAAAAAGAAAAAAAUAUAAAAACAA